AUGGCUUCGUUGUUGAGGCUGUUCAUCAUCGGUCUUAUUUUAUUUUUGUCUAUUCUCAGUCAAAUCGAAUGUCGGACUGCUCAAAAUGAUGAUGAUGAUUCAUCUACUGAAAAAGUCAAAAGACAGCAAUAUAAUCCAUAUCCUUAUGAUCAAAGACAACGAUAUCCCCAACCGCCCCCAUCACAAUAUCCAUUAGCAGAACCUACUGAAACACAAGUUCAAGGUACUGAAUGUAAAGGUUGUGGUCCAAGACGUGAUUGUCAAUGCCCUGGAAAGGGUGCUAUGGGUAUCACUGGUCCACAAGGCUUUCCAGGUAUACCAGGAGAUCGCGGUCUAAAAGGUCCAUCAGGACGACACGGAAACGCUGGUGUUUCUGGUGAAAAAGGUGACCGUGGCCAAUAUGGAAACAAAGGAGAACGAGGGGAUGAUGGUUUAUUGCCUAUCGAUGGUCAAAAUGGUUUUCCUGGACAAUCAGGUGCUGUCGGUCCACGCGGUAUUCCUGGUGUACCCGGUUGUAAUGGUAGCAAGGGUGAUGCCGGUGAUGACGGUCGUAUGGGAUUAGAUGGCCUACCAGGUGCUUCUGGCAUACCUGGAUUCGCUGGUGGACGAGGUGAACCAGGCGAUUCAGUCGGACUUGGUGGUAUUGUUCCAGGACAACGAGGUGAUCCUGGACCAGCUGGUCGUCCAGGUGUACAAGGUUGGCCCGGUCCACCAGGAACUCCAGGUUUAUCAGGUCCAUUGGGACCACCAGGACCAGAUGGCGGUCCGGGAUCAAGAGGUGAUGCAGGAUUACCAGGACCAGAUGGUCCCACAAGCUAUGGUAACAAAGGUCAACGUGGUGAUCCAGGUGAUAACGCUCCUACACCAGCCGAUCCAAUACCAUAUGGUCGUUUACGAGGUAUUACAAAUGUACAAGGGCCACCUGGUGUUCGUGGUCCCGAUGGUGACCAUGGUUAUAAAGGCGAUCGUGGUCAACCUGGUUAUUUGGGUAUUGACGGUUUACAAGGAUCCAAAGGAGAAAAAGGUGAAAUUGGUUCAGCAGGAUCACAGGGUAAAUUGGGUAAAGAAGGUUCACAAGGUCCAUAUGGAAUGAAAGGCGCAGCAGGACCCGCUGGUCCACCUGGUAAUGAUGGUGUUCCUGGAGAUCCUGGUCAAGCUGGUUACCCAGGCACUAAAGGUCAACGUGGUGACAAUGGUAUCAACGGUCCAAAUACUUAUGGUAGCAAACGUUUUCGGCCACUUCCUGGACCACCUGGUUAUCCUGGUAUGACCGGUGAUAAUGGACCAAACGGUUUUCCAGGAGCUCCCGGCUUUCCUGGUCGUGAAGGACUUAAAGGUGAACGAGGUGACUAUGGUACACCUGGUCGACCUGGUCCUAUGGGAGAAACAGCUGAUGCAGAAAAGGGUGAUCGAGGUUCUGAUGGACUUCCUGGCCCUAGUGGCCCAGCUGGACCUGCUGGUAUUCCGGGAGAAAAAGGUCCUAUUGGUGAAAAAGGAUUAGUUGGUGAAGAAACAUACGGACCACGUGGAAAUGAUGGUCUUCCAGGCCGUACUGGAUAUCCUGGCCUUCCUGGAUCAUCAGGCGAUGUUGGUGAAGACGGUUUGCCAGGUCUACCCGGUACGCCAGAUUUUCAAGGUUUUCAAGGAUACGGUCCUCCUGGUCCACAAGGAUACCAAGGUCGAUCAGGCCAGCCCGGUGCCCCAGGGUACCCUGGUAUUCCUGGUUUGAAAGGUGAUGGUGGUGACCCUGGCGGUUGUGGAUUUUGUCCACCUGCUGCUCCUGGUCUACUCGGCGAUCGUGGUAGUCAAGGUUAUCGUGGUCGACCUGGUGUGAAUGGUGCACCCGGAUUUCGAGGUGAAAAGGGUGAUACCGGACCAAGUGGACUUCCGGGACCAGAUGGCUUCACUGGACCUGAUGGAAUUCCUGGUCGAGAUGGAUAUCCAGGUUUACCAGGACGUAAAGGUGAACCUGGUGAAUUAAUUGGUACUGAUGGCAUUAAAGGUCGUAGAGGAAUAUCAGGUGAAUCAGGUGUUAAAGGUUAUCGUGGUGAUGUUGGUGAACCUGGUAUCAAUGGACGUGAUGGUUAUGAUGGUAUUCUUGGUUCAUGUGGAUCACGAGGUCUUCCGGGUGAUGUUGGACGACCAGGAACUGCCGGCACCCCAGGACCUAAAGGUCCAAUAGGUCCUCCGGGCCCACCAGGUCAAGUAUUUGCACGUGGACCACGUGGUGAACAAGGUGAAAGUGGUUCAGAAGGUAAAACUGGACGACCUGGCCAACCUGGUCAACCUGGUGAGGAUGCACCAAUACAAUUGAGUAUACCUGGCGAACGAGGCAUGAAAGGAUAUCCUGGUGAUGCUGGAUUUUCUGGUCAACCUGGUGCUCCUGGAUUACCUGGACGAGAUGGUCUAUCAGGUUCUAAUGGUUUUCCUGGCCUUAAGGGUGAUGAUGGCCGACCUGGCUUCCCAGGAUUACCAGGCGAAAAUGGUGUUAAAGGCUAUCCGGGUAUGGAUGGACGUCCUGGUCUCGAUGGAAGACCUGGUCUUCCUGGAAUGAAUGGGCAACCUGGUCUACCUGGCCUACCAGGAACUAAAGGUCAACGAGGUGAAACUGCUGUUGCAACAAUUUCUGGACCACAAGGCAAUCCAGGUGCAAAAGGUGUUACUGGUAUACGAGGUUCACCCGGUGUACCAGGAAUUCGUGGUCCAUCUGGCCCACGUGGUUUACCUGGCAAUCCUGGUUUCAACGGUCUACCAGGACAAGCUGGCUUACAAGGACUUAAAGGAGAAAGAGGUGGUACAACUGCUGCUUAUAACGGCGAUGUUGGUUUGCCUGGUGCUCGUGGCCGACCUGGAGCACCUGGAUUGAAUGGAGCUGCAGGUAGUCCCGGUCCAGCUGGUUAUCGUGGUAUACCUGGCGACAUGGCAUGUGGUCAACCUGGACAAGUUGGUUCAGCUGGUUUCCACGGCAAACCUGGCGACCGUGGUGAUAAUGGAUUGGAUGGGUUAUCUGGUUUAGUUGGAAUGAAAGGUCGACCUGGUGUACCUGGUGAACGUGGAUUACCUGGCAACCCAGGUGUAAAUGGGCUUCCAGGAUUUCCAGGACCUAAGGGUCUUCAAGGCGAUCUAGGAGAACCAGGUAUUGGUGGUGGUUAUAGUCAACCAGGUCAAAAAGGAGAAAUGGGUGAACCUGGUGAAUCUGGUCUACCGGGUAUCCGCGGUCUUCCAGGAGACUCUGGUGCAUUUGGCCCCAAAGGAUUUUCAGGCGAAGUUGGAUUCUCAGGUUUACCCGGCAGUCCUGGCCUACCUGGCCGUGAUGGACGUCCUGGUUUACCGGGUUUGAAAGGUGAACCUGGUAGUUCGUUCAAAGGCAUUAAUGGUAUACGAGGUGAUCGUGGUUUACCUGGCCUUCCUGGUCUACCAGGUGCAGGUGGUCUUCGAGGAAUAGUCGGUCUUCCAGGUACUAUGGGACUACGAGGACAACCAGGUCUUGCUGGGUAUCCAGGUCUUGCUGGUCUUAGCGGUGCACCUGGCUUACCUGGACUCAAAGGUCAACAAGGACAAAGUGGUCUUCCUGGUCUUUCUGGAGCUCCAGGUGAUCGAGGUCUUCCUGGCCGUGCCGGUCUUCCAGGCCUUCCUGGUUUUAAAGGAAUGAUGGGAGAAUCAGGUCGAGAUGGACGAGCUACAGAACAAGGAGUUAAAGGAGAAACAGGUGAUCUUGGAGCACCUGGCUUCCCAGGUCUUGCUGGAACCAUUGGUGAUGCUGGUCUACCAGGUGCACCCGGUCUUCCUGGUCCAGUUGGAGCACCAGGUCGUGAUGGAUUUCCAGGUCUAUCAGGAGAGAAAGGUUUACCAGGCAUACCAGGAAAAACAGGACGACAAGGUUUACCUGGCUUAUCAGGAUCUAAAGGAGGUGCUGGCCUGCCAGGUCGCCCAGGUCUAAAAGGUGUACCAGGUGAAAAUGGUGGUCGUAGUUUACCAGGCAUGCCAGGUGAUGCUGGUCGUAAUGGCCUUCCAGGCCGACCAGGUCUUCGAGGACCACCUGGUGAAGUUGGCCCACCAGGUCCACCAGGUCGUGAUGGUCGUGGAGCAACUGGUGAUCGAGGAGUAACCGGAGAUCGUGGUCAAGAUGGUUUUCCUGGUCGAAUGGGCUUAGCUGGAUUUCCCGGGCGAGAUGGUAAACCAGGUUUGUCUGGUUCUCCUGGCUUACCGGGUCUUCUUGGAAUCAAUGGUCUUCCGGGUAUACCAGGCGCUGCAGGUUCAAAAGGAUUACCGGGUCACCCAGGUCCAGCCGGAAAUUCGGGUUUACCAGGACGAAGAGGAGAACCAGGCACAGCAGGUUUAUCUGGUAUCCCAGGUCGUAAAGGAGAAGUUGGUGAUUCAGGAUUACCAGGUGCAAAUGGACUUCCAGGUAUGCCAGGUGCAAAAGGAGAACCGGUUCGAGUUGAAAGUUUGGUACAAUCAGGUACUAAAGGUGAACGUGGUGAUCAGGGAUUACCAGGUACCAAUGGAAUACCAGGCAGAGUUGGUCUUCCAGGACCAAAAGGCUAUCCAGGCCAAGUUGGUCUCUCUGGUCGCCCAGGCAAUCCAGGUUCAUUAGGUGCUCGUGGUCCAGUUGGGGAUGCUGGUCUUUCAGGAGCUCCUGGUCUACAUGGGCUACCAGGUUCACCAGGUAUUGCUGGUAUUCAAGGUCUUCCAGGCGAUACAGGAGAAGGCUCAUUCAUAUUUUCACGACAUAGUCAAGAUAAAACAGCUCCACAAUGUCCUUUUGCAACCACAAAAAUGCAAGAAGGUUUCUCAUUCAUGGGUAUGCAAGGUGAUACAUACGCUGCUCAUCAAGAUCUUGGUGGUUCUGGCAGUUGUUUACGUCGUUUUAGUGCAAUGCCAUUCUUAUUUUGUGAUAUUGGUAAUUCAUGUCAUUAUGCUUCACGUAAUGAUUAUUCAUAUUGGUUGUCAACAAAUGAACCAAUGUCAGCAAGUAUGGCACCAUUUGAAUCGCGCGAUAUACCCAAUCAUUUAAGUCGUUGUGUUGUUUGUGAAUCACCAACGCCUGUAUUCGCUAUUCAUAGUCAAUCACAACGUGUUCCAGCAUGUCCUGAUGGAUAUGAUCUUUUAUGGACUGGUUAUAGUUUUGUAUUUACAUCAGCUGAUGGUGGCCGUGGUGAUCAACAAAGUUUACAAUCGCCUGGUUCAUGUCUUGAAAAAUAUCAUGAUCGCCCAUAUUUUCAUUGCAAAGAUCAUUCUCAUUGCAAUUAUUAUCCAAACAUGAUGACAUUCUAUUUAGCUACAUUAGAUGAUUAUUCAGGCUUUGAAAAACCUAAAUUACUCACAUUAAAAGCUGGCACUCAAAGACAAUAUGUUAGUCGAUGCGCUGUAUGUCACGCUAAUCUAUUUAAACAGACAGCAAAUGGUCCAUCAGCAUUUUUUGCACAAGUCAAGAAACUCUAA